UUGUUCUGCUCUUGCGGCUAGGGUUUAUCUCUUUCCCUCUCUCUCUGUCUCUCAAGCCCCAAAAGCAUCAAUCUUUCAGAUCGAUUUCAGUCCCUUAACUCUUUAAAGCCCCAACGUAUCAAUGGAGUUGUUAUUGAGCUAGGUAGUCAGAAUCUCAGGAAGGAUAUUUUGGGUAUUUUAGGUGAGAACAUGGCGAGCCUCAACCCCUUUGAUUUGUUGGGCGACGAUGACGCCGAGGACCCAUCGCUGCUCGUGGCCGCUCAGCAACAGAAGCUUGCUGCCGCCGGGCCCAAGAAAGCCCAGCCCACCAAGCCCGGCGUGGAUACCAAGCCGGCCAAGCUGCCUUCCAAGCCUGCACCUCCUACUCAGGCUGUGAGGGAAUCAAAGAACGAAGCUAGUCGAGGUGGCCGUGGUGGUGGACGUGGAUAUGGAUACGGUCGUGGCCGUGGUGGCGGCGGCUACAAUCGUGAUUCAGCCAAUAAUGAGAACAACAGUGGGUACAACCGGGACUCAGUCCCUGCCGGUCAGGGUGCUUUUGAGGAUUCACCUAAAAGGCGGUUCUCUGGUGGAGACGGUGAUGGAAAGCCAUCUGAAAGGCGUGGGUAUGGGGGAGAUGGUGAUGGGAAAACUACUGAAAGGCGCAGCUAUGGUGGGCCCCGUGGCUCUUACCAUGGUGGCCACCGUGGUGGCUUUGGUGAUGGUGAAGUUGGUGAUGAGGAGCGCCUGCGGAGAAACUUUGAUCGUCGUAGUGGGACUGGACGCGGAAAUGAACUCAAACGCGAAGGUUCUGGUCGUGGAAACUGGGGAUCACAAACUGAUGAACUUCCUGAGGUGACUGAAGAGGGAGUCGAUGCAACUGAAAAGAAUCUGAGUGCUGAGAAACCUGUGGAGGAGGUGGAUGCAGCAGAUGGCAGAAAAUAUACUACUGCUAAGGAACCCGAAGAAAAGGAACCUGACGAGAAGGAAAUGACACUUGAGGAGUAUGAGAAGGUGCUUGAGGAGAAAAGGAAGGCCCUGCAGGCACUCAAGACUGAAGAGAGAAAGGUUGAUACUAAGGAAUUUGAAUCUCUGCAACAGCUUUCAAACAAGAAAGGAAAUGAUGAUAUCUUCAUUAAAUUGGGAUCCGAUAAGGACAAGAAGAAAGAAUCUGCUGAGAAGGAAGAAAAGGCCAAAAAGUCCGUCAGCAUCAAUGAGUUUUUGAAGCCAGCUGAAGGAGAAAGGUUCUCUUACCCAUCUCGUGGUCGUGACCGUGGUGGUCGUGCCUCAAAAGGAGGGCCUAGCAGCAACUACUCACGAAGCAGCGUGAAAGCGCCACCAAUUGAAGAUCCUUUUCAGUUUCCAACUUUGGGUGGCAACUAAGAUAGAGUGAGGGACCUUCAGUCCUGAUGACAUUUGAUGUUUGGCUUCAUUUCUUUAUGUUAAAGCAGGAAAUUGGCUAGAAUAAUUGGAUUUCCUGUUUUAAUUUUUGUGAGAAAAUUACUUAUUUUUAGUCUGUUCAUACGUUCCCAUGUAGUUUUAUUACCACCCACCCCCAUGGUGCUUGUUUUUGUGACAUUUCGGUCAUAUGAAAUGACUUAUUUGUAGACUAAUAUUUUUUCUUUAAAGUUUAAAUGGAUACUUGUUUGCAUAA